AUGCAGCAGCUGCCGGAAGCGAAGACCCCGCGCCUCACCGUGGAAGGGAACGGGAAAAAGGAGAAGGAGCUGCGCCUGCAGCCAACGCCUCCGUCCGCCGAAACGCUCGCCCCCACCGCCAACGGGUCGGCGAUGAAGAACGUGAAGAGCGCGAUGGCGACGACAAACACCGCCUCCACCCAAUCCAUCCUCAACGACGCCCCCAUCAACGCCUCCGACGAGAAGAAGGUCGAAAAGAAACUCCCGCGCGACAAGGAAAAGAAGCGCCACAAGACCACGGGGCCGCAUACGGACACGGAGGUGUCGCUCAAGGAGGAUACGCGUCGCCUGAACCGCCGCAAGAAAUGGGAGCCGUUCCUCAGCUCGCAGGAGGUGGUCCAGGCGCUGGAGGCAUCCCUCUCCCCCGAAGAACACCGCAGCGUCCAGGAAAUCAUCAAAAAUGGCCACCCCUACACGGCACAGCAAAAAGGUAUCGCCCUGUCGGCGGUGACUGUGAUCAUGGAUGCGAUCAAGAAUGAUUUGCCCAAGCAGACACGCGAUGAUCCAUCCCAAAUGGAGCGGAUUCGCCGCCGCAUCUACCAGGAGGUGUUCAUCCACAAGGACAUCGUGCCCGAGAUCUGGAAGGGCAGAGGUAGAAUGCAGGCCCGUAAGGAGUCGAAGCACCGCACGAAGCACCGGGACACCCGGCGUCGCAGCGACCAGUCCAAGUCAAAUUCCGUCCGCACGGCUCGGCCAGAGAUGCCGGGCGCGACGACGCAACGCUCCUCCGAACGGGCCAUCCCGAUGCAUGACCGUGUUCGAGCCGUCGUUUCGACCAUCGGCACCGCCAUCCGCUCCCUGUUCCUCACCAUCAUCUCCUUCUUCAAGUUGUUGUACGCGCAGCUGCCGUCGCCGUCGGAUGUGCUGGAGGGGUUGUGGAUGAUCGCCUGCUGGCUCUAUCGGGGCAUCGCAUACAUCUUGUCCUUCAUCUGGCCGUGGCUUUGGGUCCAAUCCAAGCCGAUUCCGAUCGACAACCCGAUGGACGGCAUCGCUGGAAGCCCUCCUCGCCGACGUCGUGAGCACCCGUUGCCCGUCAUUGUCCGCCACAUCCACACCGCCGACGAUUGCGUCGUUUUCCCGGGUCGAAGCUCCUAUGAUGAUACCGUCGAGCGCUGCGGUACGACUGCCCGCGCGGAAGCGCCGCCCCCGCAGCGCAUCGAGUGGCGCGGCACGAUGUUCGCCUUCCCGUCCGACCCGAAAAAGUGCCCCGACUACAAGCUGCACAAGUACAAC